AUGAUGGACAGGUCCCACGCAGCCUCGUCCUCCGGCGGCGCACUGACCAGGAAAGCAAAAAUCGAGUCUUCCGGCGGCGGCGAUCGCCUGAGCAAGCUCACGGACCACGCGCUCGGCCACGUCCUCUCCUUCCUCCCGGCUGAGGAGGCGGCGCGCGCAGCGAUGCUGUCGUCGCGGUGGCGCCACGUUUUCGCCGCCGUGCACACAGUCUCCCUCGUGGAGCCAGAGGGUCCGAUCCGCAGCUACGACGACGACAACGUCUGCCACACCCCGGAGUUUCAACCUUCCGCGGACCCCAACGCGCCGCCGAGCUACAACAGCAUCGUCAGCGCCGCGAUCAUGGCCCGCCAACGACGACGCGGCGCGGUGCCCCUGCGAGCCCUCCGAGUCGCCGUGGAAAGCUACCGCAGCCGCGAUUCCUUGACGGUGGACCAGUGGGUCUCGUACGCCGUGCAGCAGGGCGCCGCCGCCGAGGAGGGCCUCGACCUCGAUCUCCACCUCCAGUGCCGCUCCUCAACCUGCGAGAAAUCUCCCGACUGGUGGUCGCGGCGGAGUAUGGAGGAGUACUUAGCGACGUGGGUGAUCUUCUCCUGCGCGCACCUGCGGUCGCUCUCCCUCAGCUGCUGCCAGCUCUCCCCGCCCAGCACCGUCACCCUGCCGUCCCUGGUGACCCUGCUGCUGUCCCGCGUCUCUGACCCCGGGAGCGAAGUGGAGCGGCUCGUCGCCGGCUGCCCGCGCCUCGCCGACCUGACGCUCGAGGCCUGCAGGGCGGUGACGGCGCUCUCCAUCGUCGGCGGCGCCCGCCUUCGCAGGCUGGCCCUCCGCUGCUGCCACAACCUGACGGCCGUCGCCGUCGACUCGUCGGAGCUACAAGCGUUCGAGUACAGGGGCGCCAUGCCCGACAGCUCGUUCCUGACCAUGCACGGCGGCUCAACGAGGAUCGCGUACUGCAAAUUCGACAUUUGCGGUGGAGAGUCGAUGAUGAACCUGUGGCAGCUUAUGCAACUGUUUGUAAACGCCAAGCACCUGCACCUCGAGUCCUCUCACCUCAGCUCAGGCAUCAACUGGGGCGUGCCUAUAGGGUUCCCAUCCUUCUGGAGCCUCCUCCACCUCGAGAUGAGGGGAUGCCUUCCCGACGACGACACCGGCGGCGCCGCCAUCGCCGCGGUGAGCACGGUCCUCGAGCUCGCCCCGAACCUGGAGACGCUGUCGCUAGCUUUCCAUGCCCAGGAACACGACUCUGGCGGCCGCCCCGACUACAUGUACUUGAGCGAGGAGGUGGCACUGGAGGCGCACCAUCUCAGCUACAAUCCGCACUCGGCUCUCGCAACGCCGCCGACGAGCGCCGCCAUGAUCCCUUGCUUGAGGAACAAAGUGAGGGAGAUGAACCUGGUGCAUUACCAGGGCGGCACCGCGCAGAGGGUGCUGGCCAAGUUCCUGCUCUCCAACGCGCCGGUGAUCGACAGGCUUUGGUGCGAGUUCGCCGAGGGGCCCAUGUGGACGCAGACUCAGCUGAUGCGCGAGAUGAAGGGCUGGUUGAUAAACAAGUCGGCCGAAACCCACUUCGCUUGAACUUGAAUUCAUGCGAGAGCUGUCUUCUCCAUCUUCUUGUGUGUGGUUUGAGCUCUUUUAGCUUUUCAGUUUUUAUUUAGCUUCAUGCGUGAGCAACAAAUCCGAUGAUGCAUCUUUCUGUUGACCAUUAACGCUUACAGAGCA